AUGAGAGGAUCCAGUUCUAAUGGGAACGUAGAGAGUAAGAAAUCGUUGGAAAGUGAGUUGGAGUUAAUGGUGAAACGACAGCAACAGCAGAUUGAUCGGAGCAUGUUGUUUGAGAGGGAGAGGGAGAGUGAGCUGAAUAUAUUUAGGAGUGGCAGUGCCCCGCCCACUGUGGAAGGAUCACUCAGUGCUGUGGGGAGUCUGUUUAGGAAUCCCAACUUUUCGCUGUUUGAUAAUGGUAAUGGUAAUGGUGGUAGCGGGGGAGGAGGUUUGACAGAAGAAGAGAUCAGAUCACACCCUGCUUACUUAGCAUAUUACUAUUCCCACGAGAAUCUUAAUCCUAGGUUGCCCCCUCCCCUGCUGUCGAGGGAGGAUUGGCGGGUUGCUCAGAGGUUUCAGCAGGCGGGUGGGAGUGCAUUUAGUGGGAUUGUGGAUUGGAGGAGCAAUAGCUUUCUGGACGAAGGUGGCAGUUCAUCGUUAUUCUCAAUGCAGCCUAGGUUGUCCCCUCAGAUGGUAGAGGAUGACUUGAUGAAGUUGAGGAAGGCUGCUGUUACUGUUAGCAAUGUUCCCAGGAAAAAUUCUGUUGAACAGUUAGAGCAACAAGCUGAGGGAGCGAUAUCUGGAAUGGGCAUAAGGAGGAAGAGUUUUGCUAACAUAGUUCAGGAGGCACUAGACCAACCUGCAACGUUAUCAGAUCGCGUUUCUCGCUCUGCAAGCAUGGAGUCUACCCAAGCUUUACAUACACUGCAAGCUCCCCCGGGGUUUUCUAGAGUUCAGAAAGUUAAAAAUUCCUUUACAAGGUCGUCGUCUCCCUUGGAUUCAUCUCUGGCAAGGAGUAGAACGCCCGAGCCUCAUCCCGUUGCAAGAUCGAGUCCAGGCCUUGCCAAUGGAGUAAGUAUUGCUGCCUCCAAGAACCUCACUACUGUUCUUCCAUCUGAGAAGACUGAAGUUGCUGAGUUAGCAGCCUCUUUUACCGGGUUAACUUUGCCAAGUAAUCAUCAACGUCUUAAAGACGAUGCUCUGCUGCAUUCUCAGCUUCAAAUGAGAGUGUCAAAUGGCGAGGAGCAGCAGCAAUUUAUUGACAAGUCUGCAGGAGCUAAGAGGUUGGGUAGUGCCACUGACUAUGUUGGUCGGGUAAGCGACAAAAAAAUUGUAUCAGCCCUUCACAAUUCUAAUUUGGAUUUCGAGGGGAAAAUGAACUUGUUUAGAAGAAGAUCUUUAGCCAACCUUCAAUCGCCACCGACUGCUACUACAGAAAUUGCAAGUAUGGAUAACUCUAAUGCGCCUCUCCUCCAAGUUGUUGAUGAUUUCCCUUCUGGGUAUACAUAUGGUCAGAAGCUAAACAUGGCAAUGAACAACAAGCUUGAUAUAGGCUCUCAUUUAAAAGGUGCGAAUGGGCUCAACUCGAGGAGUGAUAGGCCAAAUCUUCAGUCCCCGGUUACAGAUUCAUGGAAAAUCCAGUAUCUGAAGAAAGCUGCUUGUUACGCGAGGAAUACAAUGGCUCCUCAAGGAAGAAAUUUUAUAGGAACUUCCCAUGCCUAUGGAGAUUUGCAAGGUCUCGAAAAGGUGUACAUUGAAGCCUUGCUUGAACAACAAAGGCAACUGUACCAGUCACCCUCUGUACAUAAUUGCGAUAGCUUAGGUAAUCAGUACCAUGGGAAUCACGAUUCUUGUCAAGGAAAUAAUAGAACACUUAAUUCUUUGCACCACCCCCCCAGGGUUGGGUCUAGAAGUUCUUCGUUCCAGAAUGAGCAUCCACGCAUUUCCUCUACGUACAAAAACUCAACUGCGGAAUCUGCACGCCCCCCCGUGUGGCAUUCCGAGACUGAUCCAAAAGUUGAAGGAAGAUUGGCCGCCUCGUCACUAUUAGAGGAGCUAAAGAGCAACAAAGCCAGAUCCAUAGACCUCAUAGAUGUCCUCAACCAUGUUGUAGAAUUCAGCACGGAUCAGUAUGGAAGUCGCUUCAUCCAGCAGAAACUGGAAACUGCCAGCACCGAGGACAAGAUGAAGAUAUUCCCAGAAAUCAUUCCCCAUGCUCGGAAUUUGAUGACUGAUGUGUUUGGCAACUAUGUCAUACAGAAGUUUCUUCAGCAUGGCACAGAGAGUCAAAGAAAAGAGUUAGCUACCCAACUUAUUGGUCACGUUUUGCCUCUAACUCUUCAGAUGUAUGGUUGCAGAGUUAUUCAAAAGGCACUGGAGGUUGUUGAUGUUGAGCAGCAGACGCAGAUGGUUUCAGAACUUGAUGGUUCUGUUAUGAAGUGUGUUCGUGAUCAGAAUGGGAACCACGUGAUCCAGAAGUGCAUAGAGUGCGUCCCUCAAGAUCGAAUUCGUUUCAUUAUAUCAUCAUUUUUUGGACAAAUUGUGGCUUUAUCCACGCACCCGUAUGGGUGCCGUGUCAUUCAGAGAGUCCUUGAGCACUGCGAUGACCCUGAAAUGCAAAAGAUUAUCAUGGAUGAGAUCAUGCAAUCUGUGUGCACUCUAGUGCAAGAUCAAUAUGGGAACUAUGUCAUUCAGCAUGUACUGCAACAUGGUAAGCCACACGAGCGCUCUUCUAUCAUAAGUAAGCUUGCAGGACAGAUUGUUAAGAUGAGCCAGCAGAAAUUUGCUUCCAAUGUUGUUGAGAAGUGCUUGAUAUUUGGCACUCCCGAGGAGCGCAAACUUUUGGUGAAUGAGAUGCUCGGUUCCACAGACGAAAAUGAGCCACUACAGGUGAUGAUGAAAGACCCUUUUGGAAACUAUGUUGUGCAGAAGGUUCUCGAGACCUGUGAUGACCAUAGUCGGGAACUAAUCCUCUCUCGCAUCAAGGUUCAUCUAACUGCUCUCAAGAGGUACACUUAUGGCAAGCAUAUUGUAUCUCGUGUUGAGAAGCUCAUCGCAACAGGAGAGAAGCACAUUGCCUUGUCCUCCAAUUCCUCUUGAAGUGAUCCAGCUUUGAACAACAAAUGGACAGUUUGUACAGCUGAUAUGGGUGUCAGCUAGCUUCUAGUGGUAAAGCCUUGAACCAUUGAUUGCAUGAGCGGCUUUCAAUAAAAGUUCAAAAGCACUCCAGCAGCCAGAAUAAGAUUGUACAUUGCACCAGUUUUGCUGAGAGCAGAGAUGUACAUUUGAUUCAUAACCACAAAGAACCCCCCAGUGUAAAUAAUGAAUGGCAAUUUCAGAAUGCCGGAGAGUUGACACUUUGAAUUACUGCUGUAAAUAAUAAUUCCUUAAUCUGCAGGCAAUAAUAUGUACGACAGUUUACGUUUUUGG